AUGGCUCACCUCGUCUGCAUCACUUCUCCCGUGUCCCUCGUCUCCUCCCUUCUCCAAUACCACUCAAUCCCCUCCAUUUUCCCCCUCCCACUUCCUACCCCUUCCCUUCUCCCCCCCUCGCCCCCCUUUUUUCUCCCCUCCCUCCUCUUCCCCCUCCUCCCCUUCUCCCCCCUUUGCCCCCUCCCACUCACCCCGCCCUCCGCCGUGCGCCAUUUCCGCACCGCGCAGGGCACGGCGCUGCUCCGUUACCUCCUCACGCAUCCGAGCCUCGUCGCUGGCUCGGAUGAGUUCUUUCGCCGAACCGGCCGCUCAGGCUCGGAAGCCGGUCCUGUCCCUGGUCCAUUCCGUGCUAAGCACGAUGAAGGAGAGAAUUUUGCGCGGCCCGGAUGCGGUAGCGACGAUCGUUUGUCCGACAGUCAUGCUGCCGGCCAGCCGGCAACACAGUCAACCCUCAGCACCCCACCGGCAACUCUUCCCUCCCCCGCCACUCCUUCCGCGCAUCUUGGCGCAAACCCUGGGGGAUCACGCUCCCCCAGCUUGGCUGCCGCGCGUGCAGCGGAAAAGCUGAGAUGCGCGGAGGCGCAGGGAGGCGCAGGGGAGGGGGAAGUGGGGAACCUGCGGAACGCAGGUGGCCGUGACGGCGCCGCGUGUAACGGCGGCGUUAACGGUAGCGGGAUCUCGGUGUGCCGAGGGCGGGAGGGCGGAGGGGGCGAGUGGAUGCGCCGGCAGCGGGACCUGCUGGGCGGCGCGGGGAGCCGCUCUCUCGGCGCGCCACGUGGCGAGGAAUCUACUGCUGACACGUGUGAUGCUGGCAGUGAUGCGCUUCCCCGCGCGAUUUGGCGCAGUUUGAGUGCGAGUGUGCUUAAAGCGCGUGAUGCUGCAGCGGGGAUAACUGGUGGAUAUACUGUUGGUAGCGGGGCUGCUGGUAACGGUGAUGCUGGUAGCACUGCUGAUGGUUGUGAGCGCAAUGCCGCGCUGCCGCUGGAGACGGCCACGCCUCCGCCUGCCUCCACUCGUGCAGGCGAAGAAUGCGCGGCAGGCGCGGCAGCACCAGCGGAGGAAGCGGCACGGAAUGCGGAGGGCGGCUUGUUCGAUCGCCUAAAGUGGCACGGAGAGGGGGACGGAGCGCGCAAGCUUGGACCGGGGGAAGGGGCCCGCGCACAACUAGAGGGGGGCGGUGGGGCGGGAGAUUGCGGGAAAGAGGGUGCAAGGAAGGCGGACGGGGGUGAGGCGCAGCAGGGACGGCCGGAGCGGCUGGUGUACGUGGCGCAAGCGGAGGUGGCAACUGCUGACGUGGACCUGGUUGACGUGAUAGGCACGGACGAGAUGACCACGUGUGUGGCGGUGGCGCUGCGCCAUCCGCGCACGGGGCGCACGGCUCUGGCGCACGUGGACGCGUCGCUCUGCACCCUGCGCGCUCUCGCCGCCAUGCUCGCCUCGCUGCGCCUCGCCCCUCACGACCCUACUCCCCUCCAGCUGCACCUGGUGGGCGCGUUUGACGACGACCCAGGGCACACAGAGAGCAUCCUCGCCGCGUGGGAGGAGCAGCAGGAGAGGCAGCAGCGGCAAGAGCAAGAGAAAGCGCAAGGGCAACAGCAGUCACAGCAGCAGGGCUACCUGGAGAGGAGCAGCAGCGGGCGGCAGUCAGGGUGCAAGCGCAGGCGAGCCCUCAGCCCUGCAGCCAGUGGCGGGGGCGACAGGGCCAUGCGCGCAGGAGCAGAAGAGACAGCAAGAUCAGGAGCAGGAGAAGGAAGUGCCGUUGGCAGUGCCUGGCCGCACAGCGACCCGUCGAGCCCCGUGGCAACAGCGUCGCCAUGCCAAGGCACAGAACCCAUGCAUACUUUGCACCUGGAUGGCAACCCAGACCACCACCACACGCCUCUGCACCACUCUCCACCGCACCCUCCGCCGUCUUCUCUGCUUCCUCCGCUUCCCACCGCCACCCCCAACGGUCUCUACUACAGCCUUUCCCGCGCGGACAGCGCCCCCUUCGCCCCCCCUCUCCCCGCGGGCACGUCCCUCCCCGUGGCCUGCGCGCUGGUCUCCGCGCUGCACGCGCUCCCGCGCCCCUUCCGCCUCUGCACGCUCGCGCUCCUCCCCCUCAACACCACGUGGGACCCCUCCCGCCGCGCCCCUGUGCCCCGCACGCGCGGACUGGCGGUCCACGUGGCGUCUGGGGAAGCCUCCCCGCGCGUAUUCACCCCAGAAGAGCGCGGGCCUGAUGCUGUGCUGCGCUCCGUGCUGCUCUUCUUUGGGGAAGGGGGAGAGGCGGAGGAGGAGGGGAAGGGGGAAGCGGAAGGGGAGGCGGGUGGGUGGUGGGGAGGGGGGUCGGGGGAGGAGGAGCGGUUGGUGGCGGAGGGGCGCGAGGGGAGAGAGGGGGAGGGGCGGGAGGGGCGCUGUGAGGGCAGUGUGUGUACCCCUGAGAAAGGGCGGCCUGUUGAUGCUGCUGCACGCACUGGUGGUGGCGCUCCGGCUAGCGGCGGUACUGGCAGCACACGCGCACACAGCACUCCCUCCUCCCCUCUCAUUCCCUCCUCGCUCUCCUCCUCCUCCCCUUCCCCACUCCUGUCCUCCUCCUCAUUCUCCCCUCUCCUUUCCUCUUCGCCCUCUCCCUCCCUGCCCCCGCUCGCAUCCUCCCCUACUCUGCUCUCCACCCUCCCACCCGCCGCGCUGGCACCGCUCUGCACCGCUCUGUGCGGUCCACUCUGUCCCCAGGGCCGCCUUACCCGCUUCUACGACACUCAAAUUGACAGAUUCGUGCUGCCGCCCACCAGGUUGAUGGACGCGGCAGCACUGGCCCGGCAGCGCCUGAGCAUGACGGACCACGAGCUGCUGCACGCCAACUCCACGUCGCCACUGGCCGAGGGACCCGACUUCCUGCCCUUCAUCCGCAGCUGCUACCGCCUGCUAGCCCAGUCACCCGACACAGACACGCUCUUCCCCAGCGAAGAAUGCGCGGCAGGCGCGGCAGCACCAGCGGAGGAAGCGGCACGGAAUGCGGAGGGCGGCUUGUUCGAUCGCCUAAAGUGGCACGGAGAGGGGGACGGAGCGCGCAAGCUUGGACCGGGGGAAGGGGCCCGCGCACAACUAGAGGGGGGCGGUGGGGCGGGAGAUUGCGGGAAAGAGGGUGCAAGGAAGGCGGACGGGGGUGAGGCGCAGCAGGGACGGCCGGAGCGGCUGGUGUACGUGGCGCAAGCGGAGGUGGCAACUGCUGACGUGGACCUGGUUGACGUGAUAGGCACGGACGAGAUGACCACGUGUGUGGCGGUGGCGCUGCGCCAUCCGCGCACGGGGCGCACGGCUCUGGCGCACGUGGACGCGUCGCUCUGCACCCUGCGCGCUCUCGCCGCCAUGCUCGCCUCGCUGCGCCUCGCCCCUCACGACCCUACUCCCCUCCAGCUGCACCUGGUGGGCGCGUUUGACGACGACCCAGGGCACACAGAGAGCAUCCUCGCCGCGUGGGAGGAGCAGCAGGAGAGGCAGCAGCGGCAAGAGCAAGAGAAAGCGCAAGGGCAACGCAGUCCACAGCAGCAAGGGCUACCUGGAGAGGAGCGCAGCUGGCGGCAGUCAGGGUGCAAGCGCAGGCGAGCCCUCAGCCCUGCAGCCAGUGGCGGGGGCGACAGGGCCAUAGCGCGCAGGAGCAGAAGAGACAGCAAGAUCAGGAGCAUGAGAAGGAAGUGCCGUUGGCAGUGCCUGGCCGCACAGCGACCCGUCGAGCCCCGUGGCAACAGCGUCGCCAUGCCAAGGCACAGAACCCAUGCAUACUUUGCACCUGGAUGGCAACCCAGACCACCACCACACGCCUCUGCACCACUCUCCACCGCCCCCUCCGCCGUCUUCUCUGCUUCCUCCGCUCCCACCGCCACCCCCCAACGGUCCUCUACUACAGCCUUUCCCGCGCGGACAGCGCCCCCCUUCGCCCCCCCUCUCCCCGCGGGCACGUCCCUCCCCGUGGCCUGCGCGCUGGUCUCUCCGCGCUGCACGCGCUCCCGCGCCCCUUCCCGCCUCUGCACGCUCGCGCUCCUCCCCUCAACACCACGUGGGACCCCUCCCGCCGCGCCCCUGUGCCCCGCACGGCGCGGACUGGCGGUCCACGUGGCGUCUGGGGAAGCCUCCCCGCGCGUAUUCACCCCAGAAGAGCGCGGGCCUGAUGCUGUGCUGCGCUCCGGCGGCCUGUUGAUGCUGCUGCACGCACUGGUGGUGGCGCUGUCCCGGCUAGCGGCGGUACUUGGCAGCACACGCGCACACAGCACUCCCUCCUCCCCUCUCAUUCCCUCCUCGCUCUCCUCCUCCUCUCCCCUUCCCCACUCCUGUCCUCCUCCUCAUUCUCCCCUCUCCUUUCCUCUUCGCCCUCUCCCUCCCUGCCCCCGCUUCGCAUCCUCCCCUACUCUGCUCUCCACCCUCCACCCUGCCGCGCUGGCAACCGCUCUGCACCGCUCUGUGCGGUCCACUCUGUUGAUGGACGCGGCAGCACUGGCCCGGCAGCGCCUGAGCAUGACGGACCACGAGCUGCUGCACGCCAACUCCACGUCGCCACUGGCCGAGGGACCCGACUUCCUGCCCUUCAUCCGCAGCUGCUACCGCCUGCUAGCCCAGUCACCCGACACAGACACGCUCUUCCCCAGUGGCGCCCCCCGCGUCUUCACACGCGACCCCACCUUGCAGUGCUGGCAGCGCGCGCCGCCCCCCCUGCCCCCGCGCACGCCGCUCAUGCUGUACCGCGCAUACCGCUCGCGCCACCUGCACUCGCUCUCCUCCCUGCUCUGCUCCCUGCCCUGCUGGCCCUGGCUCUGA